AUGGUAUUGUUGUACUGCAAAAGAGCCUCCCGCGUCGCGCUGCUGGCCAGUGCGGCGGCUGCCUUCUUCCUCUUCUUCCUCCUUCAUCACAUCCUCUUCCCUAGCGUUGCCUCUCCCGAGAGGCUCAAAGAGGCCGCCGAUACCGUCGACCACUGCGACACACCGAGAAACAACACAAAGCCCCGGAUACCAAAUAUUGUACACCAAAUAUGGAAAAACAAAGAUCUAUCCACCUACCCACUCACGGCGUCCUCGAGCAGCUGGGAGUGGCAAUUCGAAAAGGCAAACUACACCAUCAAGCUCUGGACAGAAGCCGACAUUGUAAAUCUCGUCAAGACAUCGUACCCGUGGUUCCAGUCUACCUACGAAUCUUACAAGUACGACAUUCAGCGCGCCGAUGUUGCUCGGCUGAUGGUGGUGCACCACGAAGGCGGCAUCUACGCCGACCUGGAUGCCUACCCCUCGGAGGAUACCUCGGCCGACACGAUAGCCUGCCUGCAAGCUCUCGGCUACCAGGCCAUUCUGUCGCCCACCAGCGAGGAUAGGGGCAUCAGCAACCACUUCUUCAUGGCGGAGCGCGGCUCCGAGUUUCUCCUGUGGGCGCUGCACGAGGCCAAGAAGAGGGCAACCUCGCUCUCCGGACGCUUCAUGCUGCCCUACGUGGCCGUCUUCUGGUCCACGGGCCCCAUGAUGGUCACGGCCGUCAUGAACGAGUACGCCUGGCUGUACAACCAGGCGGCCGAAAUCAAAUCCAUGGCGGUGCUGAAGGACUCGUUCCUCCACAGCUUCGUCCACCACGCCGCCGGCAGAUCUUGGCAUGGCUCCGACGGGCGUGCGUUGAACUACAUUGCAGAUCACUUUCAGGACAUCUUUGCGCCGGCUUUGAUUGUUGUGGCGGCUGUGGCCACGGCACUCUUUGUCGCGCGGCGAUGGAGACGGUUUCGCCCACACGUCUACAAGGCCGUCCGCUCGUCGCAAGUAUAA